UUUCCCGUCCCCGAACCCCGACCCCAACCCCAACCCCCAACAUCCAACGAGCCCAGGAGACCGCGAUGGCGAGCCGUAGCGGUGGCGUCGGUCGCGGCCGGGGUGGCCGAGGCAACCCACCCGGUCUCGGCGGUGGGAUCGCCCCCAGGGAGUGCGAGUGCUGCCGGGCGGCGGCCGGCAUCCCCUUCUGCCGCGUGGAGUGGUCUUUCCUCUGCGCCGGCUGUGCAGCCGGCGUCCAUGGUCAGAGCUGGAUCGUCGCCGUACCUCCUGGCCCGAACCCUGGCUCCAAUCUCAAUCCUGUUGCUCCCAGCGCUUACUCUUUGCCUUAUGCUUGUCAGUACCCCUGCCCUAAUUCUAACCCUAACCCUGGGCCUCCUCCGCCUCCCCUGCCUACCGCUGUCCCUCCUCCUAAUCCGUAUCCUAACGCUAAUCCUAGCCCCGGAACCAAUCUCAACCACGUGGUGCAGCUGUCGUCGGACGAAGACGUUGCGUCCGCCGGUGAGGACGGCGACGGUGGCAGCAGCCGGAAACGUCGGCGGGCGUCGGCGGAAGGAGAGAGUUCAGCGGAAGCCAGCAUGAUGAGGGACAAGGAGAUGCGGAAGAACCGAAAGUCCCGGAAGGUUCAUGCGGACAUGAAGCCAAGGGUCGAUGGGAAAUCUGUCGAUACAGCGGAUUCUUCUGGGGCAGAAGGGGAGGCUGGUGCCAGGGGAGAAGGAGAGCCUGAUAGCGGUGGGGAUGAGGCGCGAGUGGACUCAAGUGAGGAUGCGAGGACCGAUGCUGUUGAGGAGUUGACCGAUCUCGGUGAGCAGCUAAGACCAGUGGAGGCAGGUGAGAUGGUAGCCACAAGUCCGAGCUUUGAGGUGGAGCAGUUCGAUGAAGGAGUGGAUUUGGGGCAGAUUAAUGCUGGUGAGGAAGUGGGACUAUUGUGAAUUUCAUCAUGAGCUUGGGCUUGUUCCUUAGAUUUGGGUUGCUUGUUGGAGAAAAGAUUUUUUCCCAGAUAGGUCUCUUGCUCUUGUUGCUGAUCUUAUGUGAUGUGGAAAUCAUUAGCCCAAGUUUUGUCAACUCGGUGAUCUUUUAUUUUUCCUAAAUGGCCAUCAUCUUCGCAGGUGUUGACAGUAUGUCUACGCUGAUGAAGGACAAAUAGGGCUGCUUUCCUGCCAUUCUUACCGAAUAAAUGGAACUGGCAACAAGGAGGAGAGCUCUCCUUGAAGGUCAUGCUGCUUGAUGCAAUCUCCCUAAUCUUCUAUACUAAUGCUGUAGACUAUGGAGUACCCCUUUUCCUUUUAUAUCAUUGAAAAUCUCAUGGAGGAUGACUGCUGUAGGUGAGAAUUGUGGAGGAUUGAAUUGUAAAGCGAAGCCAUAGUCAUUUUGACUUCCAAGCUGUGUUGAAAGAUUUGGAUCCAUGACUGCCAACCAAGACCUUAAGGAUGAUGACAGUCUGUACAUACAACAAGCUAUAUUAGGUGGAUGACAGAAUCCAUCAUGGCAUGUCCUCAUGUGAUUAAGAGUGCUGGUGGCACAACACAACUCCCCUGAAGAGGGUAACUCAGUUCUUCCUUCACAUGACUGGAUUACCCCACAGGGCUGCAACAGGAACCAGAAUGGUUCAGGCAAAUCCAUGAUGUUACCUACUUUUCGAGUUUCCUUUCCAGUUUGGACACAAUUCUUCUGAGUUUGAUCAAGAUCCACUCUUGAAGCAUCAGAUCAAUGUUGUCACACUUAUGACUCAUUUGCCUUGGCAGAUGAUCAAUCAUAGGUUCUGUUCCAUAAUAUUCUGUCAAAUGUGCUAUGAUUAUGAUCUUGAAUGCAAAGGGGAGUAACUUAGGCAAUCACACAACAUUAAGAUCUUAUAGCUAAUACCAUGUACAGGAUGGCUACAGGAUGUCAUGCUUGCUGUAUGUGGUAUCAUCACAGUCACCUGCUUCAUGGUGCCAUUUCUUGCCAGGUGCCAUUGUUAUGUGCACACGUAUCUUAUCAGGUACGGAGGUCACAGGAACUCCUUUUUCAUUCUAUUCUCUUUUAUGUAGCAUGGUCACCAUUACAUCAUGACUAGUCAAGAAACAAAAGAAGAUAUUGGUAGACAUAAUUGGGAGAAGAUAACAAAAUUGAUUUCUGACACAUGGUUUAAUCAACCAUCCUAUCUGUUAUGCUAUCAUUUUAGUUUGGUGGGACCAAUCUGCUUCUUAUUAAAACAACUGUAUCUAAGCUAUGAUUGGAGUUGUUUUCUUUAAGUUAGAUUAUUAUAGUCCUUAUCCAUGCAGAUUAAGCCCUCAGAGUUAAAUUGUACUCUUCCCACAGUGGUUACAUCAUCUUGAUUAAUGGAUUGAGGUGCAAUAGUUGCAUCAGCUGGUGGCAUGCCAACUUCCUCUAUGAUUUUGAGUUUGGAGGGUAAUCUGUCAUCUUAUCUUAUCCAUCUAAAUCAACGGCCACCGGUAGAAACAAUCACGAGAUGGACGGUUCGGAUGUGACUCACCGAUAUCUUGAUGAUGAGAUAUGGGCAUCCUGGCAGUUGGUAAUUUUGCUCAAACUUGGGAUGGAUGCAUGUUUGUUUGAGAAGGCAACAUUUCAAGCGCUUGUCCUCAA